AUGCUCAUGUUCGAAGACAACACCAUACGCCUUGAACUACCUCUCAAGUACCCAGAAACAAUACGUGUCACAUUUAUUCCAGACGUACCUGGGCCCCUCACAAUCGAAAUCGUACCGUCCACUUGCACAACCACGAAGUCUCCCGAGACACCCAAGGAAAAACAUUCAAACUCACGAACUUUUAUUGGCCCGGCAAUAGAUGACUCUCCUGCGAAACCAUCUAUCUCUAAGAAUCCCGUCGAUGAUAGUGUGACGGAACCCGAGUCUGAAGUAGAGCAAGGAGCUCCUGAUGUGGCAGACAAGGUUGCAUAUGUGGAUUGUAUCCACCAGAAGAGGGCUGGUCGAACUGUCAUACAUCCCAUGCCCUCCACCAUGCCCUCCACCAUGCCCUCCACCGAGUCCUUCACCAUACAAACCUAG